AUGCAUAGCUCUGCUACAAUGAUACCGUUGGAAACCUGUAUAAGUAUUGACGAUUCCAUCUUGGAAAACUCGAUUGAUUUUUGCCGAUUUGAGGGAAAGACACAUCCACAAAAGGAAUGCGUUUUUGCUCCGCCCUCACAGCUUGCGAGUGUCAAAAACGCAGGUAUAACAAUGAGUGGUUGGGGUAGUUCCACGAGCGCCGUUUUUCUCAUUGUUAGCUCCUCGCUUCGAUGCCGUUUAGUGGCACGCUUUUUCUGCACACGACUCCUUCAUUACCUGCGUUGGUGUGGUGAGAGCGUCAUGUUUUUCCUUGCAGGACCCAAUGAACGCGAUAUUGAAGUGCAACGCUUUGAGGAUGAUUCGGUGGUCUGGGAGAAGUGCGUGGAGUCAUGUUUGGAGAACGCAUUUAAGUAUUUAGCCUCCAAACCUCGUCUUGGUUUUGCAGCUGUUCCUGUGGUGAUCCUUCUGGCUGACUGUGAGUCAAUGGAUGCAUACGACAAAUUGCACGGCAUGCUGAAGUCGCGGGGAAAGUUUUUCAUUCGUCACAUCUGGUUUGAUGAGGACUGGAGGAAACACAGUUCCCUGAAGGGCCUUUACAUUAGUGUGUGCUUGAAGCAGCCGGCCUUUCGUGUGACGCGAAGUAAAGGUAGUAUUGUCUGUGCAAAGGCAACUGGAUACCUCAACAGUUGCCUUCCGCGGCUUCAUCAGGUUUAUCUUGACGAACCUUUAGCGGGAUCACUGGAUCAGACGCUUCGUUCCUUCUCACCGCUCUUCUUUACCCGUCAUGGGCAAUCCGAGUACAACUUACAGGGCCGUCUUGGUGGCGAUCCCGACCUCACAAGUUUGGGCAGAGACGAUGCCUUGGCAGUUGCCGAGUUCUUUCGCAAGCAGGUGGUGGGAAACAAACGUUUGUUUGCAUCACGAGAUGCUCGCUGGGACGAGAACGGGGGAUUUGAAGUGUGGUGCAGCCAGUUGAAGCGCACACAACAUACAGCUGAGCCCUCUGCGCAGGUCCUGACAAAUGGGGAGUUGAAGACACUUAAAACUUUAAAUGAAAUCAAUGCUGGUAUAUGUGAGGAUAUGACAAACGAUGAAAUCAAGGCACUUUACCCUCUGAUUCAGUCUUUUAGACACACGGACAAGGUGGGGUUUAGAUACCCCAAUGGUGAGUCCUACCGGGACCUCUUGCGACGCCUAGAGCCCCUCUUACUGGAACUUGACGUCACACACAAGUGUGUUUUGAUUGUCGCCCACCAGGCAGUGCUACGGACCCUCCUCUCCUUCUUUGAUGGCCCGACGGUAGAUGAGGCUGUUCAUAAACCGUGCCCUCACCGCACUGUCUGGUGUUGUACAUAUAACCGACUGGGUGAGCCUCGUUUGACGACCAUCACACUUAAACCCCGUCAAGAAUAA